GGCCGGGCCGCGCAUGCUCGUAGGCAGCGGUGACGGCCGUGGGGACCGCUAAGAUGUCGGCUGUGGCCGUUCCGGAGCUGAAACAGAUCAGCCGGGAGGAGGCUAUGCGCCUGGGGCCGGGCUGGAGCCACUCAUGCCACGCCAUGCUGUACGCCGCCAACCCCGGGCAGCUCUUCGGGCGCAUCCCCAUGCGCUUCUCGGUGCUGAUGCAGAUGCGCUUCGACGGGCUGCUGGGCUUCCCGGGGGGCUUCGUGGACCGCCGCCUCUGGUCGCUGGAGGACGGGCUGAACUGGGUGCUGGGCCUGGGCCUGGGCGGCCUGCGCCUCACCAAGGCCGACUACCUGAGCUCGCACCUGACGGAGGGCCCGCACCGCGUCGUGGCGCACCUGUACGCGCGGCAGCUGACGCUCGAGCAGCUGCACGCCGUGGAGAUCAGCGCCGUGCACUCCCGCGACCACGGCCUGGAGGUGCUGGGCCUCGUACGAGUCCCCCUGUACACGCAGAAGGACCGGGUCGGAGGCUUCCCCAACUUUCUGAGCAACGCCUUCGUUAGCACUGCCAAGUACCAGCUCCUGUUUGCCCUCAAGGCGCUCAACAUGAUGCCCGCAGAGAAGCUGGCUGAGGCUGUGGCCGCAGCCACAGAGAAGCAGAAAAAGGCCCUGGAGAAGCUGCUCCCUGCUUCCUCCUGAGGUCCUCAGCCACCCUCACCUACCCCCAGGCUGCGUUUGUGCCCAUGGGCCCUGGAAUUCCUGUGAAGUGUGCCUUCUAGCCUGUUUUUGCACCCCCGUCUCGACUGAGCUGGAUGCGCGGCCUCUGGGGCCAGCUGCCUGCUCAGGUUGGUGGGGGGGGGUCCCGGACGCUUGCAUCCCCCGGGCUGUCUAGGAGGCCAUGCUCAGCUCAUUCCCAAAUCCUUCCCGAGGCAGCCAGGACCUGCACCGGCCUGGGGUAGGAGGUUGUACUGUUGAUUUCGGUUGUUGGGUUCAUGGUGUGUAAACUGUGGGUGAGGUUUCAAAGGGGCUCUGCUCUGUAUACAUGGCUUGCCUCCCCAGGGCGGAGGGCCUUGCGCCCCAGCUCUGUGGGACUGAAGGAUGAUGACAAUAAAGUCCCUCCGUGCUGCUCA